AUGAGCCUUUUCCGCCCCUCAUGCCUCUCCCACUCCUCUCAGGCUGCGCUACCGCAGCAGGCAGAGGGGGUUCUUGAAGCUGCAGUGCUGCUGGGCAGGAAGGUGGCUGCGCUACCGCAGCAGGCAGAGGGGCUUCUUAGAACUGGAUCUGCUGCUGGGCAAGUGGGUGGAGCAGCACCUGCCCGCCCUAGACCCCCCUCACCUCACUGCUCUUGCACGCCUCAUGGACGAGAACUGGAUCUGCUGCUGGGCAAGUGGGUGGAGCAGCACCUGCCCUCCCUAGACCCCCCUCACCUCACUGCUCUUGCACGCCUCAUGGACGAGGAGAGUCCGGAUCUCUUCAAGUGGUUCACGGGACAGGAGCAAGCGCCAGAGCACGUGGUUCAGAAUCCUGUGUACCUCUCCAUUCGCAGCAAGGUAGACGAAAGGCUGCACCGCAUGCACCCUGCAGUGAGGGCCGCGCCUGGCUUGCCAUGGGUGCGGGGCUGGGAGGACAUGCAGAGGCAACCAGGCACACCCCCUGCUGGCAACCAGUAG